CACCCUGUAUUGCGCCAAAGAUAAACAUGAAUUUGGCAUGCCUUUUGUUAUAAAAAGUUUGGAGCCAUGCAACAAAAAACUGGGCACUGACACAUGGUUCUAUGCCAAGAGAUGCUUCCUGUCCUUGAUUGAGAACCUAGCCAAUCACAGGAUUGUGAUUGAAGACUCAGUCAUGAAGAAUUGUAAACAUUGUCUGGAGUUAUGUGAAU